UGAUGAAAGUGAAAGAGGAGAGUCAAGCUGAAGUGAAUGAGAAACAUCAGAUUGUAAAAAGAAACCAUAAUGUUUCACAGAAAGAAACUCUGAAGACAGAAGACAUAAAGUGUGAAAAUAGUUUCAGUGAAGAUGAACGCCCUGAAGAUCACAAGAGGACUCACAGUGAGAAGAAACCUUUCACAUGUCAACAGUGUGGAAAGAGUUUCAGAAGAAAAGUUAACCUUAAAGCACACAUGAGGAUUCACACCAGAGAGAAACCACACGCAUGCCAUCACUGUGAAAAGAGUUGUACAACUGCAAGUGUUCUUAAGAGACAUUUGAGAAUUCACACCAGAAAGAAACCUUACAAUUGUCAACAAUGUGGAAAGAGUUUUAAAGUUGAAUCCACCCUUAAGAUACACACAAGAAUUCACACUGGAGAGAAACCUUACACGUGUCAACUAUGCAGAAAGAGUUUCACCUUUCAAUCAGGCCUUAUACAGCACGUGAAAACUCACAGUGGGGAAAAGCCACACGCGUGCCAGCAUUGUGACAAGAGUUUUACAACUGCAGCUACACUUAAGAUACACAUAAGAAUUCACACUGGAGAGAAACCGUUCACAUGCCAUGAGUGUAAAAAAGGUUUUGGAAGUAAAAGUAACCUUACGACACACAUGAAAAUUCAUAAUGGAGAGAAACCUCACGUGUGUUUUCAGUGUGGAAAGAGUUUCAGUUUGGAGUAUCACCUUAAGAGACACAUGAUGAUUCACAGCGAAAAGAAACCUCACGCAUGUCUUCAGUGUGAAAAGAGUUUCAUAGAUAAACAUGGACUUGAGAUUCACAUGAGAAAUCACACUGGAGAGAAACCUUACAUAUGCUCUCAGUGUGAAAAGAGUUUUACAAGUGAAGUCGCCUUUAAGAGACACAUGACAGUUCACACUGGAGAAAAACCAUUUGCAUGUCAACAGUGUGGAAAGAGUUUUAAGACAAAACCAAACCUUAAUGCACAUUUGAGAACUCACACUAAAGAGAAACCGUUCACAUGCCAUGAGUGUAAAAAGAGUUUCAAAACAAAAGCUUCCCUUAAAAAACAUGCAAAAUUUCACACUCAAUGAAACCAUUCAUGUGCAGGGCAAGAGUGCGACUCAUUUUCAGCACUGGAGUUUUAUGCCUUAGACCGGCCCCAUUUAGUUCACGACUGACUAUAAUAUCAGUGACUAUAUAGCUGUAAUAUCUAUAAUAUCAGUGACUAUAUAGCUGUAAUAUCUAUAAUAUCAGUGACUAUAUAGCUGUAAUAUCUAUAAUAUCAGUGACUAUAUAGCUGUAAUAUCUAUAAUAUCAGUGACUAAUAUAACUGACUGAUAUAAUAUCAUUACAUCCUCAGUACAGUACAGUAUAAGUCUGCAAUGAUACAUCGUUCUCUGCAGCCUUGCAAUUCAUUUUAUUUUUCAAAUAUAUAAUUUUCAGUUCAAUGCAAAUACAAUAUGAUUUUUGCCAUAAUCGUGUGGCCCUACCAUAGUUUAAUAGUAUUCAAAUAAACUAAAAUAACUACUGAAAGGGAACAAAUGUGUUUGAGUUUACCUCUAUAUUUGUAUUUUUAAAAAAUGGUGGUUUUUUUUUUACUUAUAUUUUUAUUUUGAAUCAUAAAACAACACGAUACAGUAUAAUAUUAGUUUUUAACAUGUCGGCCUAUCCUAUUCCAACAGCCUUGACAAUAAUUACAUUUUAAUUACAUCAGAUACAUUAUCUAAAUAAUAAAAACAGAUGCACCUGGUACAGGGGGAUUUAGAAAUUAAUGAAUACAUAACUAAAUACAUAGGGAAAAAAAGAGAGAAAAAGAAAAAAAGGGAAAGUAUAGAACUACACAUAAGGGAUGCGAUCAUAUAAUACAAGAUCACUGAAGCAUUGCAGGAGCCCAUCUCAUUAAGAAAUUCACUUUCUGAAGUCGUAAGGAAUAUGUGAUUUCUUUAAUUUCAUACAAUUCCCACACUUUUUGAAUCCAAGCAUUGUAUGAUGGGGGGACAGGUUUUAGCCAUCUACAUGUAAUACAUUUGAGUGCCACGCCAAAAAGAAUUUGUAAUAAAUAUAUUUUAGCUCUACCCUCAAAGCCCUCUGGGCGCACACCCAGAUGGGCAAUUCUAGGGUCUUCUGGGAUUUCAAAAUGGAAGAUUUCUUCAAAGGCAUCGAAUAUAUCUUUCCAGUAAUUUCUUAAUUUUGACCAUAAAA